AUGUACGAGGAGUCGAGUGCCUUUGGGCACAAUUUCUUCGGCGAUGCAUUUCAAUAUCAAACGAGAAAAUUCAGCCGACUGACAACAACACAAGUUCAAAGUCAAGCCUCACUAAUAGAUUUCUUUCUUAUCACAAUGUCUCCGUAUUCCUCGGAAUCAUUCAAUCAAACCAGUCCCUAUGUGACUUCGACAUUUGCCGAACAAUUCAUGUACAAUGUGUCGAAAUCACUUCUCAGCAACGAUUUGAAUGGAAAUGAUCAUGACUUUAGCAAUAGCUCACUUGUGCGUUAUAAGACACUCUAUCGUGAAUAUCAUGGAAUAAUAUCAAGUUUUGUAUGCAUAUUUGGUUUAACCUGUAAUCUAUUUAAUAUUAUCGUUUUAACACGUCCACUUAUGCGUUCAUCGACAAAUACGAUUUUAACGUCUUUAGCAUUGUCUGAUCUCAUCAAAAUGUUAUUCGUUUUGCCAGCAGUGAUUAUUUUCUAUUGUUUACAAACUAGUCAACAUAAAAGUGAACCGAACUUUCAAUCACGUUCGCAAGUCACAUUCUAUAUGGUACAAAUGCUAGUAACAUUAACCUUGCAUUGUAUAAGUACAUGGUUGACCGUUUUGCUCGCUGGUUUUCGCUUUGUGUUCUUGAGUUGUAAGUCGUUGACGCCGUACGUUUCAACACCAAAUCGUGCUUUACUUGGCGUGUGUACGGUGGUCUUCAUCUCGACGAUUCUUUGUAUUCCGUCAUAUAUCGAACAUCGACUUGUUGAAGUUAUAAAUAAUGAUACUAACGCCACUGAUGUAUCAAAAUCUUAUAUCUUUGCAGAGACCAAGCUUAGUAAAGCCUUGUCAUUACGUGACACUGUUUUUGUCUUACAUAGCGUUAUAUUUAAAUUAAUACCAUGCAUAUUAUUACUCGUAUUUAGCUUUCUAUUAAUCCAACAAUUGAGACAUGCGUUAGAAAAUGCGGAGAAGUUACAAAAGCAUUCGAUACCAGCAUCGAACCAUGGUCAAAAUGGACGAGGUCGCGGACGUCGGCGAGAGAAAGAAAAUCGUCGAACAACUUUAAUGUUAGUCAUUGUUUGUGUUCUUUUUCUUGUCACAGAAUUACCACAAGGUGCCAUUUUACUCUUGUCAUUCAUUUCCAAAAACAAUUCGAAGUAUUACUAUGGAAUCUAUCAGCAUUUAGGUGAUACAUUCGAUAUAUUAGCAUUGAUUAAUAAUUCAGUUAAUUUUAUUUUGUACUGUUUAAUGUCACGUGCCUUUCGUGACACCUUUAAGCAAACAUUUGGCUUCGAGUGUUAUAAAGUUGCCCAACAUGAAUCAUCGACGUCAUUUGCUAACUUGUCUUUAAUUAAAAAUCGACGAAAACAGUUGUCGGCAUCAUUUGUUAAAGAACAGGGCUCCAAUUAUAAAUACUCCGAUGAUCAACGAACGAGCAUAGUACUAAAUGAUGUCAAUCUUCUGAAGAAGAAAUCGAGUCCGGAAGUUAUAAAUCAUUCUCCAGUGACAACUCCAUUACUCAAAGACAAUCAUGCUAACGAGUUAACAUUGAAGUCUUGA